AUUGGGUGAAGUAUGUUGACAAACUUUGGCGGAUUUGGGAUUUUUCCGUCGUAACACAGCAUACGAUUGGCCUUGGAUUUUUGGAAAACGAUUCGGAAUGUACAUUUUCUUCACAAAAUGUACGUGCCGAAGUACGGUUCCACCAAGCAUGCUGCUAUUGCGCCGGAUGAUCAGUUCGUCCGAAGUGGCGACUGCUCUAAGGCCCUUCUACUUUGCCGUCCAUCCGGAUCUGUUCGGACGCUAUCCGCAACAACGGCAAGUGAAUGAAGAUUCGCUAAAGCUGCUCAGUGCUCAUCUGGAAUCAUUGCUCAGCCAGAAACGUAUACUUCCCUCAACGCCGCGGACGCUUCCAUUUUACAUACGUGCAUCGAACGCACCACAAGAUCGGGGCACCUUUAAUCUCGUGAAGGUACCGCUAGAACGUACCAUCGAUACCAAGCUGGUGCUACGGCGUAUUCUCGAAUCCUGUAACCUACCGACGGAAUACGUCGAUAAGAUGCCUACAACUAAAAAUAGCUCACCAAACCCAACAGCAUCCAGCACUUACGAGGAAAGCUUUCAGCAGCAGCAGCAGCAGCAGCAAUAUCAGCAAUCAUUUUACUACCGCAAACGAUCGGAGCAUAAUUUCGGCAGGGACGACGAUGACAACCAAGACGAUUCUCCAUUCGAGAAGGAGUUUGAUUUGUUUCAGUUUCGGAUUAAGAAAGUGCGCGAAAACGAAACACUGAAGAAAUGGCUUCGGAAGCAAGUCGUCACGGCAACGGUACGUACGAAAGCCGUUCAGGAGCUCCAGGAAGAGGUUGAAAAGCUUCGGGAGGAUGUGACGAAACGGUUGGGAUUGCGUGAGAUCAUUUACGACUGUGGCUGGAACGUGGAACAUUUUCGCGGUUGCUUGAAAAGUCUGGAAAAGCUGGCCGAAUUGCAUCCGGGUGCGUUGGAUGGGUUGAAGGAUCGAACGCUUGUGUUUGCCGCAUUCACCGGUGUUAGCCUUGAAGGGCACGUGAUGCUUUUUACCGGCGAUGUACAGAGGAACUGGUUGGAACUUAUUAAGACGAUCGAUAAACACGACAGCUACCUGAGCAAAUUACCUGCGUACGAGUACGCAUUGUCCCAAGUGCUGCGCAACAUUCGUAUCGGACGGCGAAAGUUUAUGCCAAAAGCACAAGCCAUGGCGUACGCUUCACAUCUGCGCAAAAUAACGACCGCACUGUUGGAUUAUCUCGGUAAAUCCAAGUUUCCAAAGUCGUGGCCCACCGAUCUUUCACAGUUUGAGCUGGUGGUCGAAUCGGAAGCUGGCCCACUGAUGGUAAGUCCCACCGGACAGCUAAUCGUACCGGCAACCUGUCCCGGUUCGUUGCUGGUAGAUUUUCUCUCCAACCAUCUGGCGGAAGCGCUCGAAAAGCAAAGUUCGUACGAUCGGCAUAAACAUGUCGAGCGAGAUUUGCACGCACGCUGCGUGGCACAGUUUCGGUUGCUGUCGCUUACGAAGGACGAUUCCGUCACACCGGAUCGAAUGAUCGAGUGUCUCGAGAAGCUGUUGGCGCAAGGCGUGAAGGAUGGGCUAGAACUGGCCGAUUUGAAUCUUACCAUUACGACGUACUACUCCGUGCUGACGGAUGGGACGGUGUGCAUACCGUGGGAUUGGAAGCAAUAGAGGGAAGAUAUCGUGUAAGAGUCAAUUGAGAAUUGAAAGUCAAUUUUUGCGGGUUAACCAACAUCCGGUGUGCCAUGUACGAUACGAUUUUUAGGUAGGAAAGUUUUCCGAAAAACAAAAAAACGCGGGUUUAGCAUGUAACGAUUAGGUAUAGGACGGUUGCGUGGAAUGGCAAAGACAAUAAAGAAACAGAUCAGAAGACAUGAAA